AUGUACGAAAUCUACCCCAUAGCCAUCGCUAUUAGCCCUUUGCAGUGCGUGCUGCUAGUGAUUGGUAGCGGGAUGCGAUGGAAAUUGCGCGAACCGAUUAAUGAGACGGCCGCACUCUUUGCCACAGACGAUAAGAAUGGCAAUGGCGUGUGGGCUGCCUGUACAGUCUGCUACAGCUAG